CUCCAUUUUCUCAUCAAAGGACAAAGCUAACUAACUAUCGCUUCUCACUCUCACUUUAUUAUUUCCUCUGCUUUUUCCUAGUUAAAUUAAAGCUACAACAAUGUCGUUGAUUCCAAGCUUCCUUGGCACUGGUCGAAGGACCAACAUCUUUGACCCAUUCUCCUUGGACGUAUGGGACCCCUUCCAUGACUUCCCCUUCUCCACACCCACCGCCGCCUCCGCCGCCCUCUCCGUUCCGCGCUCUAACUUCGACACCGAGACGGCGGCGAUCGCCAACACCCGCAUUGACUGGAGGGAGACGCCGGAGGCACACGAGUUCAAGGCUGACCUUCCGGGGCUGAAGAAGGAGGAGGUCAAGGUGGAGAUCGAAGAGGAUCGGGUGUUGCAGAUAAGCGGGCAGAGGACUAAGGAGAAGGAGGACAAGAACGAGACCUGGCACCGCGUGGAGCGCAACAGCGGCUCUUUCCUCCGCCGCUUCAGGCUGCCGGAGAAUGCCAAGGUGGACAAGGUGAAAGCCUCCAUGGAGAAUGGGGUGCUCACUGUCAUUGUUCCUAAGGAGGAGGUUAAGAAGCCCGAUGUGAAGCCUGUUCAGAUCACAGGCUAGGCUAGGCUAGCUGGCCUCGUACUCGGAGUAUCAGACUUGAACGUGUUACUUUGCGCAUUCAAUAAAAUCAACAUAUGUAGUUGAAUUCGAGUUGUGUGAUGUUGAUAUGUAUGGACUCUGCUCUUGCAUGAGCGUGGUUGUGAUGGUGUUGGGGUUGUGUUGUGCUCUAUGUUAGUGUUAGUUAUGUGUGUAGUGUAUGCAAAGAGCUUUUCAAUUUAUCAAAGUUAUGAGUUUCUUCUUCAA